CACAAUGGGCUAUCGAUCAGUUAGAGAUGGCGCUACAUGCCAGUAAUCUCACAACGGCCAACCCUCAGAGAGGCUUAAAGGUCAAGGAUGAACUCGAGUUUUGGACAGUGGAACACGAUGGACUCAUCAACGAAUAUCAAUGCAAAGAGUAUGAAUGGGUCGGUCUGAGGUCGAAAUCUCCCCCUUUCCGCCCUGAGACUUUUAUUCCGGGAACGGACUCAAAGACAGUCAUUGACAUCAUGACCAAGGGGUUCCUCACUGUUCCCAAUGCAGAGGCACGCCUAGUGGUCAAAGUAUUUAUACCGAAGCAUCUCGUCAGCCUGGACUCGAUGAAGGCCAUCGCAUCCAUGCUUUGUCUUGUAGACCCGCUGUUGAGUGAUAUUCAUCCUGCUCACUGUGGGCCUAGCUCACUCUAUUCACUAGGGUUGCAGUAUAAUAGUCUUGCUAGGGACGAUGCCAAUGAUCUCCAGGCUGAGAUGCUGUCCGCAGUCGAGGUUGAGGACCCUUGGAAUAAUCGCCUUUCGCCUGACCGGAAACCACUGGAGCUUCUACCCCGUCCAGGAGACCUGGGGGAAACUAAGUAUCGCCAUAGGAUUCACAGAAUUCUGGGGGCUACCUCCGUCCAAGAUUUAAUACAUCUCAUGGAUAUAGCAAUUUAUGGUGAGGAAGGACGCUACCCCCACGCGAGCCCUGCUUAUUGUUUCCUGGAGAACAAGACGACUAUUGCUAUCGAAUUCAAUCAACACUGUGGAACACUUGAUAUGCUGGAGACAUCUCUCUGGGCUAUUUUCUGCGUAAAGCUCACUCAGCACUGUCUCGACAAAUCUGGUACCUUCUUCCACGAAUCAUAUCCCAAUCUGAGAUAUUGCUCUACGAUUUGCGACUUUCUUGAGGAGCAAGGCCUGGAAACGAGAGCUACUCUUUUGGUAUCGAGCUCGAAUUGUAUGCUACCGCAUGAGGGCCGACCCGAUCCUCAUCCCGAUGAUGGCAGGGAACUCAGCCGUGCCGAGCAAUUCUCCAACAGAGUUUCUUUAAUGAAAGAAAUCAUCAGUUCUCAAGGGCCGUUGACUCUGGUGUGGGACGAGUAUUUCGACCAGAAGUUCUGGGAGAGCAAGCUCCUCAGCCACGGGAUGGUGCCUGUUGACGAUAUCGAUCCCCGAUAUCAGACGUGGAACAUUGGAACCGAUGUAUCGCUGCGCCGAAUGUCUGAGUGGGCAGGGUACAAGCAGCUGAAUGGUUUGGAGAUUAUCGGUAGCGUUCUCAGAGAUACGCCCGAGUGCUGGGAAGAGGUACUGGAUAUGGUCUCCAUCCUGCGAAACAACUUCAGAUUGACAGUGGGCAAAUCAUGUGGCUUCCACAUCCAUGUUAGCAAAGGCACUGGGCCCAUACUGUUACACCUCGAAGUCAAGAUACGCACUGAGUCUAGCAUCAUUACUGGAACCUAUAUAUACCGACAGUGGUCGGAAAGGAAUGUUCCAGCUGACUUCGAACAGUACAUCCCCGUCGACAAGGCCGUUGACCGCCGUACCUUGGGGAUUAUGAAGAAGCUAUGGACAGCCGAAACUCUACAACGGCUCAAGCUGCUUAUAACUCCUAGCAUGGGCUCAAAGUCUUGCUUAGGACUUUCUAAGUGCCACUCCUUCGAUGAGUUUGAUGAAGGCUCUGAAGAUAAAUGUAGAGGGACUGUUGAGUUCCGCUACCUCGAAGGUACUCUGGAUCCUGAGCUGAUUCUUCGGUGGAGCCAGUUGAUGGUUUCCUUAUUCCAGUUUGCUGAUCUAGCUUCACCACAAGCAUGGCAGAAUUUUGUACCCGCAAUACUGCAGUGUCCAGUAUUGGGUAAGAUGGAUCCGAACGUGCUGAGAGUCUUUUUGGUAUCCUUAGGCAAGGGUGAUGAUCAUGGCUUUUGGAUCAAUCGAAUCGAAAUUAUGUCGAAUUUGCCUCUCGAUGCACAGCAACUGGCUCGCAGGCCAGCUGAUGACAAUGAGAUUCUGCCUCCCCUCGAUAAUGGGUACAUUGAUGCCUUACGAGACGAGCUGUGUACUAGAGAGAUGAAAUUGCCUUGCACGAUCCAGAAAGCGGCGACCCUCAACGAAUCUGAAUCUUCAACUGAUCCAGACGACCUUGCAAAACUACUGUCCGAGAAGGCUGGCUUUUUUUUAUGA